CUCGGUCGGAUCUUUUAGUUAUAUGUUCUACUCUACAAUAGUAAUAAAUUCCUGAUUGCUGCUUUUUUUUUCCUCUCAUUUUUUGUUCAAUUAUUCAUUCUGAAGCUACCGCGCGUUUGUGGAUAUUACCUCGCCCUCUGAAAUAGCAAAGGCAGCCAAGUACCGGGCGCAAUAGCAAAAUACCUCCGGGGGGUCAACAUAACAGCGCGAAGGAGAUACUUGGUCGCUGAACGAUAUCCUCCGGGCGAGACUAAUCUCCGGCCCGUCGUAACGGGAUGGGUUCAAGCAAAAAAGGACACCCGAGUUCCUCUUUGCAUUAUAAUCAGGAGCGGUCCCGGCGUUCAUACGAUGCUCAGUCUUCGUUCGAACUAGACUCCGAUCUCGAUGCAACAGAGUUCCUUCAAUCUGAUCCUCUCACAUCAUCAAAACCCUCAACGGGAACUUUCUCUAUCCAGCCUCGUAAGCGCUGGCUACGGAGAUCAUGGAGCUGCCUAACCGGCCGUUCGACUAAAUACGUCGUCGGCUGCUUAGGGAUUUUCGCUCUGAUAUGGUUAGCCCUCAGCGCAGGAGGUUUCUUCGCAUUCAAAAAGUAUAGGCAAUCACCCCCGGACGGCCUCUCGCCGCCAUGGUACCCAACCCCGAAGGGCGGUACGGCAAGAAGCUGGGCCGAAGCUUAUCGCAAAGCUAGCGGGAUGGUGGCUAACAUGACAUUGCCCGAGAAAGUAAACGUGACGACCGGUACAGGGUGGAAGAUGGGCCUAGCCGUGGGAAACACGGGUCCCGCAGUUCACGUAGGAUUUCCUUCCCUAGCACUUCAGGACGGCCCGCUAGGUAUCCGCUUUGCCGAUAACGCCACCGCUUUUCCCGCCGGCGUGACCGUCGGCGCCACCUGGAAUAAGGAACUGAUGUACCAAUGGGGUAACGCUCACGCGAUAGAAGCUAGAAAGAAGGGGAUCAACGCAAUUCUAGGACCCUGCAUUGGUCCUCUGGGGCGCAUGCCAGCCGGAGGACGUAACUGGGAAGGCUUUGGUGCGGAUCCAUAUCUUCAGGGUAUCGCGGCAGCCCAGUCGAUCAAAGGGAUCCAAGACGAGGGAGUCAUGGCUACUAUCAAGCACCUGGUCGCGAACGAGCAGGAGCACUUCCGUCAGCCUUGGGAAUGGGGCCUCCCCAACGCUCUUAGUACGAACAUAGACGAUCGGACCAUGCAUGAACUUUACCUAUGGCCUUUUGGAGAUGCCGUCAAGGCCGGCGUUGCUAGCGUCAUGUGCAGCUACAACAUGAUUAACAACUCGUACGCAUGCGGCAACUCGAAGCUGCUGAACGGCUUAUUGCGGGAUGAGAUGGGUUUUCAGGGGUUCGUGAUGAGCGACUGGCUUGCACAGAGGAGCGGCGUCGCCAGCGCGCUCGCUGGUCUCGACAUGACGAUGCCUGGAGACGGAUUAUUUUGGGAGGAUGGCAAAUCUCUCUGGGGUUCCGAGCUCACAAGGUCGAUCCUCAACGGCUCGGUUCCUCUCGAUAGGUUGAACGACAUGGUUACCAGAAUCGUCGCGGCGUGGUACCAACUGGGCCAAGACGACGAGGACAAGUUCGACCGUAAGGGGCCAAACUUCUCUUCGUGGACGGACGAACCGCAAGGUAUCUCCGCACCGGGCAGUCCUACCGAGCAACAGAAAGUCCCCGUAAACCAGUACGUCGACGUCAUGGGCGAUCACGCCUCUAUCGCGCGGCGGAUCGCGGCAGAAGGAACCGUGCUACUCAAGAAUGAGGGAAUCCUCCCCCUCUCUCAUAAUUAUAGCGGUCUGCCAGACCAAACAGCCCCACGCGGCGACCCAUUCCGUAUUGCGAUAUUUGGGGAGGAUGCUGGUCCCGGCAAAGGUCCCAACCACUGCCCGGAUCGAGGUUGCAACCAAGGCACGCUUGCUUCCGGCUGGGGCUCCGGUUCUGUCGAGUUCCCUUACCUAGUCACUCCGGCCGAGGCGUUGACUAAAAAUUGGGAAGGUGUCGACGGCGUGAAAGUUUCAACGUACCUAACGAACAAUCCGCCGACCGAAAAGCAGCCCGAGAUCUUGGAGGACGCCGAGUUAUGUAUCAUCUUCGCCAACGCCGACUCAGGGGAAGGCUUCAAGGUCUGGGAAGGCGUCAAGGGCGACCGGCCCAAUCUAUUCUUACAGAAAGGCGGCGACGAUCUAAUCAUCCAGGUUGCCCAAGGAUGCCACGGCGGUACCGGCGACGUGAUUGUUAUCAUCCACACGGUCGGUCCCGUAUUGGUGGAAAAAUGGAUCGACCUCCCAAACAUCAAGGCGGUACUCUUCGCGAAUUUGCCGGGCCAGGAGAGCGGAAAUGCCCUAGCCGAUGUUAUGUUUGGGGAUGUAAACCCUAGCGGAAAGUUGCCUUGGACCAUCGGCAAGUCCCUAGACGACUACGGCGAAGGUGCGAAGAUCAUGUACAUGCCUAACGGCGUCGUACCUCAGCAGGACUUCAAAGAAGGGUUAUACGUCGACUACCGCUAUUUCGACAAGUACGGAAUAGAACCUCGGUUCGAGUUCGGAUUCGGCUUAAGCUAUACCACGUUCGAAUUCACCGAUUGCGUGGUGACCGGGCUGAGGAAGAAAAGCGCCCAACUCGCCCCACGACCCGAAGACUUCGCAAUCCCUCCAGAGUACGACGCUACCAUCCCGAACGCAGAGGAGGCGCUCUUCCCUAAAGGCAUUCGAAGGCUGGAGAAAUAUGUCUAUCCUUACCUCGAUACUAUCGACGAUAUAGUGUCAGAUCCCUACCCCUAUCCCGACGGCUACGACGUAAAGCAACCUCCCUCUAGCGCGGGAGGCGACGAAGGCGGUAACCCCGACCUGUGGGACGUCUAUGUUACCGUUUCCGUAAAAAUCGCCAACACCGGCGGCAGAGCGGGCCAGGUCGUACCGCAGCUAUACCUAAGCUAUCCACAAAGCGAUAUUUCAGUGGACUUCCCGGCGAAGGUGCUACGCGGAUUCGAUAAAUUUUUGUUGAGAGAAGGCGAAACUACGACGGCCACGUUCAACCUUACGAGGCGAGAUCUGAGCUACUGGGACGUCCAGACACAAAACUGGCGCAUGGUCGUGGAGGGUAGUUACAAAUUCAUGGUCGGCCGGAGUUCCAGAGAUUUGCCGGUAUCAGGAACCUGGUAGGCGUAGCGCGCAUAUAGCUAAACGCCCGUAGUUCAAAUAUAUAUAUAUAUAUGUCGCGGUCGUGCCAUUUUGGACCGAGAGCAGCGAGAGGUUGAGGCCUAAGAUACGUGUCUUGUUUAUGUUCGGAGGCGAAGGUUCUAUAGGUAUUAGUCUCACGCACUCAUCUGUCAGUAGGAA